AUUUUUUGAGAGGCGUUGCCGCACAUCGACUACGUACUACUGCUACUCCGGCAUUAUAUAUCGGCCGCUGGUCACAUAUCUUCAUACAUUGCGCAUUUAGCCCCCGCGAACAGCGCACUGAUCCUCCGAGUUCAAGAUAUUCUAAGAAAUAAAGACGUAUCAUGGCGAACUACAUUCACGUACCCGACGAGGCUCCCGCUGUGCCCAAAAUAGACGUGACAGUUGACGAAAGCGACUACAGAUCUGGUGCACUGAGGCUGAUCAAGGAGCUGAGACCGAGCUGGAAGCCAUCCGAGGUCAAACUGAAGUUCUUCACAGAUGGGAUCACCAACAAGCUGCUGGGUUGCUACGUGGGUACUGUCGUACAGGAUGUGGUCCUGGUCCGUAUUUAUGGCCACAAAACUGAAUUGUUGAUUGACCGGGAAAAUGAAGUGAAAAGUUUUCGAGUUCUACAUGAAAACCGCUGUGCCCCGCACCUGUACUGCACCUUCAACAAUGGCCUCUGCUAUGAAUUUCUGCAAGGAACUGCCCUGGAGCCUGAGCACAUCCGCAGCCUACCUGUCUAUAGUCUCAUUGCCAGGCAGCUGGCCAAGUACCAUGCCAUCCAUGCCCACAAUGGCUGGGUGCCCCAAUCUGACCUGUGGUUGAAGAUGGGCAAGUACUUUGCUCUCAUCCCAAAGUACUUCAAGGACCCACAGCGCAACGCCAGGUUGACUAUGGAGGUGCCGAGUCCACGGUGCCUCCGAGAAGAGCUGGUGUGGCUCCAGCAGAGCCUGUCUGUGCUGGGCUCCCCCGUUGUUCUCUGCCACAAUGACCUUCUCUGCAAAAACAUAAUUUUUAAUGCGGAGGCAGGCAACGUAAAGUUCAUUGACUACGAGUACGCUGGGUACAAUUACCAAGCCUACGACAUUGGGAACCAUUUCAAUGAGUUUGCCGGCCUGAAUGAGGUGGAUUAUAGUCACUACCCUCAGCGGGCCUUUCAGCUGCAGUGGCUCCGCUCCUACCUGGAGGCCUAUAAGGAGCUCAAAGGCCAAGGCAGUGACGUCUCAGACGGAGAGGUGGAGGUUCUCUACGUCCAAGUCAACCGAUUUGCCCUGGCAUCUCAUUUCUUCUGGGGUCUCUGGGCUCUGAUCCAGGCCAAGGUCUCCACCAUCGACUUUGACUUCUUGGGAUAUGCAGUCCUGCGCUUCAACCAGUACUUCAAGAUGAAGCUGCAGGUGUCUGCGCUGAACCUACCCGAAUAAUGCCCCCUCCCCCCCCCCCACUCCACAACCUCAUCUUCUCUUCUUUUUGCUCUUCCAAUCUUCUGAGCCUCACAUGAAGAAUGCACAGAAUGCCCUGUAGGGGUCCACGUAGCGCCAGACUAAGAGCCAGACCCCCGAGUCGGCCCCGCUCCUGGCCUCACGGCCCCCUCGACAUGUCCUUCUCUCUAGAGAUGAAAUGGACCACAAGCUUUUUUUAUUUUUCUGCUCGUCACACCUCUUUGUUAACCGUUGGCCCCGCGUCAUUAGCAACGUGGGCCGGUGUGACGUGGAGACUCGAGACCACAUGGCCGGAAUUUGUUUUUUUGGUCGUUCUCAAUUAUCCUAAUAUCGAUUGGAUAUCAACAAGAUAUCUGCGUAUUGUAUUUUAUCAGCUGCUUCUCUUGUAGUUUAACUCGCUAUGAAUAAGAUGGCGGAGGAAUGCCACCUUAUUCAUAACCAGCACAUAAUAACCGCCCGGACUGAUGGGCGGCCCAAACACUAAUCUGAUUGCCUUGAGAAACUUUCAUUGGGGGGGGGGGGCACCAAAUUUCUAAUGGAAGUGAAAGAAAUACAGAGCCUGCUUUGUUUGCUGCACAUGAAAGAAGAAAAGUAAUGCCGACAUGGAAAAGACCAGCUCUGUCCCGUAAUCCUAUGUGAGAUGAUCUCACACACACCAAAAAAAACAAAACCUUGUGGUCUUCCUUGUGACUUGUUUUCACCUUAUUUUCCCUCUGCAUCCUGUGCAUGGGGGCGUGCACCAAGAACGCCGCGUCGGUCUCAUUUCAGUGUAGUUUGACGAGGGCGUCAAUUUUUUGACUUUCUGGGCUGAAAGCAGGUUUCUGUGUGAGGAGAGUUUACGCCCUUAAGUUAUGUAGUGUUGAGUCAUUUUAGGUUAUUUUUUUCCCCUGCUUUUCUUCAGUCUAAAUCUAAACUGGGGACAAGCGUGCACCUCGCUGUCAUAUGAACAUUCCCCGUUCACAAUGCCAGACGGGUCGUCUGGUUGUCGGUCACAUGCCGAGUCGGCGUCGUCGGGGACUUUCUUCACGAUGACGUCGGGCGUUCUGAGCGAGAGCAAACCGGUGUCGGUGAACGUUUGAGAAUCACCUUUUUGGUAUUACAGAGCCGUGCUGUCCGGUCCUCAUGGGGUAAAGAUGUUUUCAUACACCUGUCCACCAGGUGUGGGACUGGCCCUCGCUGACGGUCGGAUGGUUUUCUUCCAUCGCAUUAAGAGCCCGAUGUCGAAGGUUCCUUAUGAAGUGCAGUUUUUUGGCAAAAAAAGGUUAAGUAGACUCGCUCGGUGAAGCACAUCUGUGUUAAGUUUUUUUUUAAACUAUGUAAUGAAUGUCAGCUGUUUGUGGGACCUGGGGAGCAAGAGCGCCAUCUGUUGGAGGAAAGAAUAAUGGUAGCUGUCAGUAACUUCAUGUUUCAAUGUUAGUGUUUUUUUAAAUGCUCUUUAGGGCGGACCUUUUAAAAACUGAAAUGAGUUCAUCUCUUGGUUCCUUUAACAGGCCUACACUAAAAUGCUGACAUCUGUUUUGUGCUUGUACAUAACGCACACUGUAUCAUUUUUUUUCGUCCAUGUAGCACAAAGAAUUGGAGUUGCAGUUAUAUCGACUCUCCUUUUCUUUUUUAUACUUUAUAUACGAAGGCCGAGGUCUUUGAGAGUGUUGUUGAUGUUUGCUUGUUUGACCAGCGGAAGACUCCUGGACACAUGGACCGUAAUUUAUGAAAUUAAUAAGUAUAAAAAAAAAAGUGGUGCGAAACAAGUUUUUUAUAUUUACUCCGAAAGAGCUGUUUUGCAAAUGGUGCAUGUUGGGCCAGGACUCUCCGCUGGGGCCGUCUGCAAAGCUCCGUGAAGAGGCCAUUACUGACGAGACCGCCCUGUUCUCGAGAGCGCCGUGUGCCUGUGAACGCUCUUUUGUACACGCAGUCCUGGAGUGAAGGUUAUCGCCUGUUGGCUUCACGUCUGUGUUUAAUUUAGUGUUGCUCGUCUUUCAUUCUGGUGGUUUUAAGACGGAUGGAUUAAUGAGUAGUUUUGUGUCGGGCCUAAUAUGAAUUUGAAAAGGCCCGUGAUGCGUAUUUGAGAGUAGAUUUGACAAGUUAGCGGUUUGAUUCAUAUCUCGAGGAACAGGUCUGUGACAGUGGCGUCCCUAGGCUAAAACCCCGGAUGUUUUUUAUUUAGCCCCGAAUGUUAAUGAAAAUAAAAAUAAACGAUUUGGCACACAAGUGGUUAACACCUCCAGGUCGCACGUGAGGUCAUUCACCCAAAACAGCAGAGUCAGGCUGGCAGCAGGCGCACGUAACAACAAGCUGCUGUCUGAGAGUGUUUCUAUGUCUAAAAAUGUCGCUGCUUCACUCAUCUGCUUUACUCUUCUGGGCUAAGCCCAGCGCCGCCGCUCCCAUAGGGCACCAAGUCCUGAGGGGGCUCCACAAAAUAGAACAAGAGAUAUAUUUAAUCGCUCAGCACCCCCGUUAACACUUCUCGUGUCGCAUCGCUCUGCUGUUAUGCGCGCCGACACAUCCGCACACAGGUGAGCACACUCUCACUAGCCCCCCCCCCCCGUCGACAACGCUCGCCGUGGGUCACUUUCCUAUCGGGGGCAUCAUGAAGGAGUUAUGCUUAGGGCACCAACAUGGCGAGCAGCUGCACUGGCUAAGCCCCCAGAUGUAUCAAAAUCCUAGAGACGCCCCUGGUCUGUGAAGGAUUGUUUUCUGGCUUGGACCCAUGUCGGACCGCAUUUACACGUAAUACGCUUUAAUUUGACUGCCACAUAAUCAGAAUUUUUCAAAAUGUAUUUAAAAAAUUGUACUGUUUAAAUAUUUAAAUUUAAAUAUUUCCUCCACUACUAUUUAACAUUGUAUUAAAAAAUAAAAUGCUCAUUAAUUUCAUUGGACACUUUAGCAUAUGUUUAUAUGUACAGUAAGCACAUGUAAUAAUAUCUCUGCUUGUUCUCAAAUUCUAAUGAAUGUACAUAGGAGUUCUUUUAUUUUCUAAAAGUUGGAUUAAAGUGAAUAGUUGCCUGGGCUGAGGUGAAAUAAAAAGAUUUAAGAAAAACAUUUUCAGUACUGUAAACAUGCUUUGAAAAAUAAAGUCUAUUUACCCGUA